AUGUCUUUCUCAAGAUCAUCAGCUCAAUCUCUCAAGCAAGCUCUCCGAGCUACUGCCCCUAAGGCAGCUGGCCGACAAGUAGCCAAGAGAUCUUACUCUCUCCUCGCUAGAGAAGCUCCCAAGGCCAUGAUGGCUUCCAGACUCGGUGCCACUCGAGGUGUCAAGACCCUCGACUUUGCCGGUACCAAGGAAGUCGUCUACGAGCGAGCUGAUUGGCCUCUUGACAAACUCCAAGACUACUUCAAAAACGAUACCCUUGCUAUGAUCGGUUACGGUUCUCAAGGACACGGUCAAUCCCUCAACGCCAGAGAUCAAGGUCUUAAAGUUAUCGUUGGUGUGAGAAAAGGUGGUGAAUCUUGGAAACAAGCUCAAGAAGAUGGAUGGGUACCCGGAGAGACCCUCUUCGAUAUCCCUGAAGCUAUCGAGAAGGGAACAAUCAUCAUGAACUUGCUCUCUGAUGCCGCUCAAUCUUCCACCUGGCCCGAAAUCGCUCCUUUAAUCACUAAAGGUAAAACUCUUUACUUCGCUCACGGUUUCUCCGUUGUUUACAAGGAUGACACCCACGUCGUUCCCCCCAAGGAUGUAGAUGUCAUCCUCGUCGCUCCUAAGGGAUCCGGACGAACCGUCCGAACCCUUUUCCUCGAAGGACGAGGUAUCAACUCCUCCAUCGCCGUCUACCAAGACGUCACCGGUCAAGCUAAAGAGAAGGCCGUUGCUCUCGGUAUCGCCGUCGGUUCAGGAUACCUUUACGAGACCACUUUCGAGAAGGAAGUGUACUCUGAUCUUUACGGAGAACGAGGUGUUCUCAUGGGUGGUAUCCAAGGAAUGUUCCUUGCUCAAUACGAAGUUCUCCGAAAGAACGGACACUCUCCCUCUGAAGCUUUCAACGAAACUGUCGAGGAAGCUACUCAAUCCCUUUUCCCCUUGAUCGGUAAAUACGGUAUGGAUUACAUGUACAACGCCUGUUCCACCACCGCCCGACGAGGUGCUCUUGACUGGGCUCCUAAAUUCAAGGAAGCAAACCUUCCCGUCUUUGAAGCUCUUUACAACUCUGUCCGAGACGGUUCCGAAACCCGACGAUCUCUUGAAUUCAACUCUCGAAAGACCUACAGACAAGAUCUCCAAAAGGAACUUGACGAAAUUGACAACCAAGAGAUCUGGAGAGCCGGUAAGACCGUCCGAAACCUCCGACCCGAUGCCAACAAGGAUGAACUUUAA